UUUCUCGCAGACGUAUUUCCCUGGUGUUGGAUACUACGUCAGUGCACAUAAUGGGUUGUCGGAAAUAGCCGGUGAGAGUUACUGGGAGCUUAUUGAACAUUCUACUGGUAAACAGUAUGAAGUGGGUUCAAAUUACUAUAUUCCACAAGACGGUGAUCAUGUCGCUUGGAAUUUAACCGAGCUAAAUUUAUCGAAAUACAUAACUACAGAAAAACCCUAAUGAAUACGGAGUGCGAGGUUAAUGAUCUGAUUUACUUAGUCCUAUAAGUUGAAGAAAUAAAAUGUAUGCCUGGAAUGAAUGUU